AUGAGUGACGUAGAGAAAUUGAAGAGACUGAACAUAAGAAGAGGUCAAAUAAAGGCCUUAUGCACGAGAGCGCAUAACACUCUCCACUCGGACACUGACAUGACGGUAGCUCAAUUAGUAGAACGCAAGUCAAAGAUUGAAGCCACAUGGGUGCAGUUCGACGAAGUACAGAACGAAAUCGAGAUGCUUCAGGAUUCAUCAGGAAUGGCUGAAGCGCAUUCAUCUGAUCGCGCGGAAUAUGAGGAGACAUAUUACACUAUUGUUGCCAAAUUUCAAGAAUUGAUCAUCUCACGUAGUGUAACCGAUCUUCCAGUGAUAGAGGCACAUCCCGCGGUUAAUCGUUCACAAGCUUCAGCAAAUAGUUUAAAACUUCCCAAAAUCGAUUUACCGUCAUUCUCAGGAAAUUAUGAGGAAUGGUAUCCCUUCCACGACACCUUUCAGUCGCUUAUACAUCGUGAUACUUCAAUUACGUCAAUUCAGAAAUUUCAUUACUUGAAAUCGUCGCUCAAGGGGCAGGCUGCAGACAUCAUUCAAUCACUCGAGGUCUCGGCGGAAAAUUAUAAGGAGGCAUGGCAGAUGUUAAAAAAACGUUAUGACAAGAAACGUGUAAUUAUACAAAGGCAUAUUAGAGCGCUAUUCGAGCUGCAAUCAGUGUCCAAGGAAAACUUCACGAGCCUCCGGCAUUUAGUGGAUGGAGUGUUAAAACAUCUAAGAGCGCUAAAGGCUAUUGGACGCCCCACUGAUUCAUGGGAUGAUGUCAUUAUCCAUUUGAUAACUAGCAAAUUGGAUCAUAUCACGAAUAAAGAAUGGGAAAACAGCAUUUCAGACGAGGAUAUUCCUACGAUACGACAUUUAACUGAUUUCCUAGAGCAUAGGUGCCAUAUCCUCGAGGCUAUCAACCGAAGGGCUCAACCUGUUUCCAAUUCACAAGGCAAGGCCAAUCAGGCAAAGGUUUCAUCUCUCGCAUCCUCUGGUGUAGCCUCGUGUCAAAAUUGCCGAGGAGAUCAUCAGAUUUAUUCCUGUGAACGAUUCUUGAAGCUUUCUCCGGAGGAUCGUCUCAAGGUUGUCAAGGAAAACAAGCUAUGCUGGAAUUGCAUAAAGGUUUCGUCCCACACAGCAAAAACAUGCAAGUCAGGUUCAUGUAAAACAUGUGGCAAGAGGCACAACACACUUCUACAUGUUUCUAAAGACAAGGAGGUUGUCACAUCACCACAAUCAACGGAAGCAACACCAAGUUCUCCAACGGUAAAUGUCGCGCAUGCGUCAAGACCAGAGAUUGCAUCCCGGGUCCUGUUAUCAACAGCGAUAAUAAACGCAAAGGAUUGCCAAGGGAAACAGCAAACAUGUCGUGCUCUUCUGGAUUCAGGAUCACAAUCCAAUUUUGUGACGGAGGAGCUGGUACUACGUCUAGGUCUUCAAACAAGGUCGAUCGAUAUUUCGAUCGUCGGAGUCAACAACUCUUGUAGCAAGAUUAAAAAAAUAACUCAGGUGCAAUUGAGUUCAAGGUAUUACGCAUUCAAAAUCACAAUAGAGUGUUUAGUCCUCAAUCGGAUAACUGAGAGUUUGCCCAGCUUCACAAUUGAUAAAGAUGCAUUUAAGAUUCCGCAGAACUUGCCUCUGGCAGACCCGGAGUUUCAUCGAUCCACUGACAUAGACAUAUUGGUGGGUGCUGAAGUAUUUUGGAAUGCUCUAUGCGUUGGGCAGAUAAAGGAGUCAUCGGAUCAUCCGCUUCUGCAAAAAACAUUAUUCGGAUGGGUGAUUGGCGGCGAAUAUCCUAGUAGAGCCGUGCAGCAAAGGGUCAUCCAAUGCAACGUGGCCGUCGAUAAACCUGAAUUAGAGCAACUUGUUGAAAGAUUUUGGCAAAUCGAGCAAAUAUCCGGCAAGACAAUGCUAACUGAAGAAGAGAGAGAAUGUGAAGAACAUUUUAAGAAAACUUAUCGUCGAACUUCUCAGGGGAGAUUUGUGGUGCAGCUGCCAAUUAAAACGGACAAGCUACAAGCUUUAGGAUCAUCUUAUGACGCGGCCUUGAAACGGUUUAAAUCAUUGGAGCUUAAGUUGGAUCGUUGUCCAGAAAUGAAGAGGGAAUAUACUAAAUUCAUACAAGAAUAUUCGGAACUGAAGCAUAUGCAUCCAGUGCUCACUGAAGACUCAGGAGACACUCCAGUUUAUUACAUGCCACAUCAUGCCGUGUACAAGGACUCAAGUUCCACUACUAGACUUCGAGUUGUAUUCGACGCUUUGUCUAGAACGAAUACCGGUGUAUCGCUUAAUGACAUCUUGAUGGUGGGCCCGAAUCUACAAGGAGAUCUGACUUCUAUAUUGAUUAAAUUCCGCUUAUGGCAAUACGUUCUUACAGCCGAUGUGGAGAAGAUGUACAGGCAAGUUCAGAUUGAGGAUAGUCAACGAGGACUUCAGAGGAUUCUUUGGCGGAACAAUAGCUAUGAGGAAGUGCAAGCGUUCGAGUUGGCCACAGUCACAUACGGCACGGCCUCAGCUUCAUUCUUGGCGGUGCGAGUGUUACAAGAAAUAGCCAGAUUGGAGCAACACGAAAUGCCAACAGGAUCAGCUAGAAUACUGUCCGAUUUCUAUGUGGACGACCUGCUGACAGGUGCAAACACUGUUCCAGAUCUCAUCACCAUUUGUGAUGAAGUAAGAGCCAUAUUAAGCAAGGCGGGUUUGCAUUUGCGCAAGUGGGCUUCCAAUGAAGAAACCGCGUUAGAAGGCAUAUCUGAUUCAGAUUCAGAGCUCAUUCUAAACAUCCAGGAAAACACGACCUUAUCUACGCUCGGAUUGCAAUGGAACGCGAAGACUGAUGAGUUUCAGUUCAGCAUAAACACGAGCAAGCAGUUUAAGAUCUCCAAGAGGAUUAUGCUGUCCGUCAUAUCUCGCAUCUUUGAUCCAUUAGGUCUCAUAAGUCCGGUUACCAUUACCGCAAGGAUACUCAUGCAAAAAUUGUGGCAACUGAAGACGCACUGGGACGAAACAGUGCCUAUUGAUAUACAGACUCAAUGGUCUCGUUACGAAGCGGAGCUUCACAUGCUUAAUGACCUCCGGAUACCACGAAAGGUUAUUCACCAUCACGAUUCCAAGUUGGUAGAGUUGUGCGGAUUCUCAGACGCUAGUGAGAAGGCUUAUGGAGCCUGCGUUUAUGUUCGUAGUAAACUGACAGAAGAUACUUAUCAAACAAGAUUAUUGUGCGCAAGGUCAAGGGUAGCGCCGUUGAAAAAUCUUACAUUACCGCGUUUAGAGCUAUGUGCCGCAUUAUUAUUAGCUCAACUCAUGCACAAGGUGUUAGAAAUUUCCGACAUCAAGUUUACACGAAUCCUUUAUUGGUCUGAUUCUACCAUAACCCUUUCUUGGAUCAAAUCAUCUCCGAGAAGGUGGAACACAUUCGUAGCUAAUCGUGUCAGUUUGAUUCAAGAACUUUCUGAUCCCAACGAUUGGCAUCAUGUGGAAUCUGCUCAAAACCCUGCGGACGUUCUCUCUAGAGGCACAUCACCUUCAUCAUUGGUCAUUUCCAAUCUGUGGUGGUACGGCCCCACAUGGCUCUCGCAAGAUGCAAACACAUGGAGAGUCGAAAGCGCUUCGUUUACUUCAGAAAUACCUGAACAACGGGGGAUUGUGGCUGCCACAGCUGUCCAGCAAGACUUAGAGUUAUUUGACAAAUAUUCGACAUUCAACAAAUUAAUCAGAGUAUGUGGAUACAUUCUACGUUUCAUACACAAUUGUCGCACGACGAAAUCUAGAUACGAAGGGCAUUUGUCUAUCAUGGAGCUUGACCUCGCUAUACUAUCGUUAUCCAAGAUGGUGCAAUUACAUGCAUUCACUAUCGAACUAAAAUGCUUGCGCAAUCAAGAACAGCUUCCUAAAACGAGCAAACUUUUAUCUCUAAAUCCCUUUUUAGAUGAGCAUAGAAUCAUUCGCGUCGGUGGUAGGCUCCAGCAUGCUGACCUGCCUUAUUCAGCGAAACACCAGAUCGUGCUACCGGGCGAGCAUCCGUUUACCAAAUUGUUAAUAAAGCACGAGCAUAUCAAGCUUUUUCACGCAGGGGCACAAAUGACGUUGGCCUCUAUACGCCAAAAAUUCUGGCCGUUGAACGGGAGGAAUACUGUUCGUCAUAUCAUUAGAAUCUGUGUAACAUGCCUCAGGAUGAAUCUUCCAAUGAUCCAGCCCCUUAUGGGCAAUUUACCUAGGCAAAGAGUUCAAGCCGCCCGAGUCUUUGCAAAUGUUGGAAUUGAUUUCUGUGGUCCCUUUCAACUACGUGAGAGCAAGCGAUGA